GAGAUCAUCAACGAACUAAGCAUCUCGGUAUAUGCUGUUCUGCAUACGUGGAGCAAACGUUAAAUCAAGUGCGCAGCACAGUAAAAUAGCGCUGUACUAACACAACACGGGAAGUGGUAUAUUGUACAUGAGGUGGAGCCAUCGGGGGAAUGAUUACCAAUUUCCUUUGACAUCCCUUCGUUGAAAUCGUAAGCUUCACAACCAAUAAUCUCUAAACGUAAGGUGCAAAAAACAGCAGAAACAUUCUUGGCAAGUGUUCGUCAAUAAUUCGACAUUUUCUCCUAUAUAUUGUUGGUCAUUACGAGAUAUCAAGCUGGAAAAUGCGUAAAUCCGUAGGCGGAGAAAUUCAUUGUUACUGCGAAGGUAUCAGCAACCAGUAGCCUAGUUGGUGUGGUGUGGCCGUAUGGAAAAUUAUGUCGAAACGUGUUGUGGCUAAUGAUAAAGUAAUCGACGAUCGCGAAGAGUAUCUUAGAAAGCGAACGAAAGCCGAAGGCGCUUUGGAAAAUUAGUAUCACAGCUUGUGUCGACUUCCGUACUGACGCCAGUGAAACGAAACCCAGAACCACGCUUCAUAGCAUCAAUUGAUGUUUUGUUCCCCAAAUGUGUGCACAGUUUUCGUGAUACAGAAUUUGUAGGCCUACAAGCACCAAGAACGGCAGGAACGCGAAGUCGUUCCUUAGCCAGCUAACCAGCCCACGGAAGCUCUCCCAGGACCGGUGGGGCCAGUGGGAGCGAGCAAGUGAGAGAUAGACACAAAAGUGCCGCAGUGCAAAGGUGACAGACAAGGCAAAGGCAAAAACGAUCGUUGUUCAGUGAUCGUUGUGCGUUAUCUACACCGAAGUGAACAAGCGGCGUACCGCUCGUAAGUGAAGAAACGAAGAAAUAAGGUACCGACGGAGGAAGAUAGUGGAAAAACCAAGAUGGCGUUUAACGGCAACACCGCUGGGGGCAAUGCGGCGGCGGCAGCGGCCGCGGCGGCAGCUGCGGCAGUAGCCGUUGGUGCGUCGGCCGCCAGCGAGGAUAAUGAUACGGCGAGCGCCACGAAGAAGAAGAACCUGAUCAUUCUCGUCGACAAAGAUUCGAACGAUAAGCUGAACGAACUGUUCGACAAAACGCUAAGCAAUAAGCUGCCACUGCAAAUCCCGUACCGCAUGCGAAAUCUUCCGGAGUCCUUCUUCCUACCGCCGUCUUCCGGUUCGAAGUCACCGUCGGUCUCGCAUUCGCGCGAAAACUCGGCUGAUUCGGCGUUCGGCUCCGGCACGACCAUACUCGGUGGCGUUGGCGGUGUGGCGACUGGCCCGAACGGACUUCCGAUACACCACAGCAGAGCGCACAGCAGCCCAGCAUCGCUCGGAAAAAUCCCGGUUGGUCUCGUGGGCCUAGGGGGUGGAGCCGUUGCGGCGGCGGCGGCGGCGGCUGCUGCAGCUGCAACCGGAGGUGGUGGUGGUGGCAGUAUUGGAGUCGCCGGUGGAGGUCCAAGCGCCGGAGGUUCUGGGAGUGGGUCCGCGGCAGUAAAUGCAAAGGUGGCACAGAGCACCUCUCAGCAGAGUGCGGCUGCCUCCAGCGCCAACGAUGCCAGCAGCUUGGGUGCCGCCGUGCUGCAGCAAGCCGCCUUGUCGAAAGCGGCCAUUCAACAUCUGCACAGUCGCGGUCGUUCUUACGACGUGUCGAACUUGCACGUCACCUUCGGAGAGCUGCCGCCCGGCUGGGAACAAGCAAAAACGCAGGAUGGGCGGAUCUACUAUAUCAACCACAACACCAGAACUACCACGUGGGAGGAUCCCCGCAUAACGGCCAUGCAAGAGAGUCUUUUCCAGCAGCAGUCCAGCGUGGAAACACUUUUUAAUACCGGCUCGCAGACGUUGCUCAGUCCCACCAUCUCAUCGCCGACACCAACAAACAAUGUGGUAUUUCCAGAUACAAUUCAAAUGACAAAUGAGAGCCUCCCGCCGUCGAACGUCCCACCGGCUUCGAUGCUAACCGGCAGCAAUGUUGAUCUGGGCCCACUGCCGGAAGGAUGGGAGGAAGGAAUCACAGAGAAAGGCGAACGGUACUAUAUGAAUCACGUUACGCGAUCGACCACCUGGAGGGAUCCCCGAUUAUCAAACCAAGAUUGGGCGGUACAGGAGCAAACCGUCAGACUAUAUAAUCUCCAGCUGGAACGGGAACGGCUCCGGAAACGUCAACAAGAGAUCAAAUCACAUAUGGGAGACGACCCGUUCCUGUCCGGUAUUGCCGAUCACACCCGUCAGGAGUCUGGUGAUAGUGGUCUUAGCGAGUCUUCAAUGACGCAGUCAAUGCCUCACACGCCCGACUUUCUCUCCAGUAUAGACGACAGCAUGGAUGGUUUGAGUAUGACAGACAACACGAUGGACACCAUAGCAUUUGGAGACAACUUGGAGACACCAGAUGAGUUUAUGCUGGACGAUCCUUUGUUGCUGGAAAAAAUCGAUGCUGUCACCAACCUGAGUCUUAUAGAUCCCACGAGCAGUAAACCAGAGAAUUUGUACGACAUCAUUUAACCGUUUCGUCCGUGUAUGAGUUCAACGGUAUCAAAUAGAUACAUACACAUAACCUGUCAUUUUCAGUUGCAAUAAUCCAACUCAUUCGACUGCGUUCACUGCAGGAGAAGUAGUCUUGGAACCCGGCAUAUACUCUCGCAAGCAUCUUCCUUUUAACUUGCACUUUUGACCAUUUUCUUUUUCGUGUCAGGCGUUUCUUUUUCAGUUAUUAUGAUUAAUUUAUGUAUAAACAACCGUUCUAGUAAUAAGAUUAGGUACGACUUACUACUGUAACGAUUUUAUACAUUUUAUCCCAUUGUCCAACUUAAGUCCUUAAACGCAAGCAUAAGAGAAAGAUAAGAGGAAGAUAGAAUACCAUUACAAAACACAAACGAAAAAGUAAGACUCGAAUUCGUUUGAAAUCGCAAACGAAAAUAUAAUCAAUUCAAGUGCCUUAACGAAGUAAUUAAAUGGUGAUUGAUGGAUGAUCGUCGCUUAUGGGGCACAGGUUACAGCAGCACAGUAAAGUUGCUAGCCGCCAUUGAGUGUCACCCCCCAAUUAUUUAUAUGCCAGUGUGUCAGUUGUGCAUAUCGCAAUGUAACGUAUGCAGAAACAUGUGCAGCUUAUUGCUCAAAAAAAGUUAAAAAUCAAGCUAAACCAAUGCGCAGCUUGUUGCCGUGGAUUUGAAUAGAAUAUGUCGAAUGGGAGUGAGAUGGUAAAAAACGAAUGGCAGAGAUAUGUAUUAUACGUUAUGAAAGAUCGAAUGAAACAGUGAGACAAAAUAGAUAGUAAAAUAUAGAAAGAAGCCAAUUUUCAUAGCUGUACAAUCCGUAAUCCAUACGUUCUUUUCCGUUCUUGUGGGUCCUACUAAAAGAAAGUAUCAUCAUAUUGCAUUGAAACGAGAAGAGGAAAAUAUAAGUUCAAUUCAUAGUAUAACCAGCAGAACAAAGGGCAUGUUUCUUAGGAAGAACGCAUGCAAAAAUUAAAUUCAAGCAACUCAUGCACUCAUUCAGGCAACCCUUUGCUUUCAUCAUUUUGAUGUUAUUAAAAACUAGACGCUAAAUCUAUGAUAUUACCUUAAAUUUGAGUGAAAAGUAUUUGAGUACUAUAUUAUUCUAUUCUUUUAAUAGUAGUAUCCUUCAAUCCCAGGCACGGCGUUGAACUUCCGUGAGUCGUAUUCGGAAGCAGUACAUCCGAAACGAAAGUUGCUAAUAGGUGCUUUUCCGAGCACCCGAUUUGUGUGACAAAGAGUGGCUUUGAAUUUUUCAAAACAUCAGCACGACAAUAGCAUGAC